GCACUCACUCUGGACUGGGCGGCCACAUCGUUCAAGGGACCCACCCAGUUGCCUUUACAAGUUUCCCUCCACAUCAGGAAAUCUGAAAAAAUGGAAUUUUUACAUCUCUUGAGCCAUCACUGAAAACGAAUGGGGAUUGAAUUGCUUUGCCUCUGUUUCCUAUUUCUGCAAAGAAACAACUAUGUGCAAGGGACCUGUUCUCAGGAAAGUGUGGUGACUUGUGAAGAUUGCUUGCUUUCCGGACCACACUGCGCUUGGUGUUUUCAAGAGAAUUACACGGACUUGGCUGGAAUUCAUGGGAGGUGUGACAUCCCAGAAAACCUCCUGUCAAAAGGAUGCCAGUUGAAUUUGAUUGAAUUUCCCAUUUCAGAAGUAGAAAUUCACAGAAACAAGCCCCUAACUGUAGCAACUCAGAUCAACAAUUCUGAUAUCACACAGAUUUCUCCUCAAAAAUUAACUCUAAGGCUGCGACCAGGGCAUGAAGAAACAAUACAGAUCAAGGUUCGUCAAACUGAAGAUUAUCCAAUCGAUCUCUAUUACCUUAUGGAUCUAUCAGCUUCCAUGGAUGAUGAUCUGAAUACAAUCAAAGAACUGGGUUCAAUUCUUUCCAAAGAAAUGUCAAAACUGACUAGCAACUUCAGACUGGGGUUUGGAUCUUUUGUUGAAAAACCAGUUUCACCCUUUAUCAAAACCACAGCUGAAGAAAUAAACAACCCUUGCAGAAGUGUGCCAUACGAGUGCUUACCCACCUUUGGAUUCAAACAUGUUUUGCCACUAACAAACAAUGCUGAAAAAUUCAAUGAAAUUGUGAAAGGACAGCGAAUCUCUGCUAAUAUAGACACUCCAGAGGGAGGUUUUGAUGCAAUUAUGCAGGCAGCUGUUUGCAAGGAAAAAAUUGGUUGGAGGAAUGACUCUCUACAUUUGCUGGUGUUUGUGAGUGAUGCUGAUUCCCAUUUUGGGAUGGACAGUAAACUGGCAGGGAUAGUUAUUCCUAAUGAUGGGAACUGUCAUUUGGACCACAAUAAUGAGUAUGCCAUGUCAACAGUUCUGGAGUAUCCUACAAUUGGACAAUUAAUUGACAAACUUGUGCAAAACAACAUUUUAUUAAUUUUUGCUGUAACGAAUGAGCAAGUUCACAUAUAUGAGAACUAUGCAAAGGUUAUUCCUGGAGCUACUGUUGGAAGACUACAGAAGGAUUCUGGAAAUAUUCUCCAAUUGAUCAUUGCUGCAUACCAGGAGCUGAGGUCCGAGGUGGAGCUGGAGGUCUUGGGAGAGACAGAAGGGCUCAGUCUCUCUUUCAUGGCCAUCUGUAACAACGGGACCUUUUUUCCACAUCAGAGGAGAUGCUCCAAUGUGAAAGUGGGAGACACAGUCUCUUUCAAUUUGACUGUAAGCCUCUCCUCAUGUGAUAAAACCAGCAGGCAUAUUGUGAUAAAACCAGUGGGGCUCAGUGACAUGCUGGAGAUGGAAAUUCAACCCCAGUGCAGCUGUAACUGUAAGGCAAAGGCCGAGAUGAACAGCCCAAAAUGCAACAACGGGAAAGGAUCUUUGGAGUGCGGGGUGUGUCUCUGCAGCCCGGGGUUCGUGGGGCCGCACUGCGAAUGCGAGGAGAGCUCCCUGGGGACCAGCUCCUGCAAGGGCUCGGCAGAGCAGAGCUCCUGCAGCGGGAGAGGCGACUGCUACUGUGGGCACUGCCUCUGCCACCCCUCCCUGCACGGGAAGGUCUACGGGCCGCGCUGCGAGUGCGAUGACUUCUCUUGUGUGAGGCACAGAGGGCUCCAGUGUGGAGGCAAUGGUGACUGUGACUGUGGGGAAUGUGUGUGCCACAGUGGAUGGGCAGGAGAAUACUGCAAUUGCACAACUGACACCAGCACCUGCAUUGCUGAGGAUGGGACCCUGUGCAGUGGGAGAGGCAAAUGCAUCUGUGGGUCGUGUGCUUGCACCCAUCCGGGGGCUUCAGGCCAAACGUGUGAAAAAUGCCCUCUCUGCAGUGACCCCUGCAGUUCCAGGAGGAGCUGUGUGGAAUGUCACUUGGCUUUGGAUGACAACUCACUGGAAGAAUGCAGUGAAAAAUGCAAAUUGGUUGAUGUAACUGUCAGCACUGCAGAGGAUUAUUCAGAGGAUAAAUCCAUUUCCUGCUCUUUGCAGGGGGAAAAUGAAUGUAUAACCACAUUUCUACUGGCUAUGGAUGAACAGGGAAGGACAGUCAUUCAUAGCAUACAACAGAGAGAUUGCCCACAGCUUCCAAAUAUCCCAAUGAUAAUGGUGGGUGUCACCCUUGCUAUCCUUCUCAUUGGCAUUGUGUUACUUUGUAUAUGGAAAUUACUGGUGUCCAUUCAAGAUCGAAAAGAGGUGGCCAAAUUUGAAGCAGAAAAAUUGAAAGUUAAAUGGCAAACGGAAACAAAUCCACUGUACAGAGGAUCAACAACCACUUUUAAAAACGUAACUUACAAGAACCAAGAAAAGCAAAGAGGGGCCGUGGCUGCAGAUUUAUUUUAGCACCUCUGACACUACAAACUUCGUUUUACUGGCAGGAAAUCUAAAAACACUUGUUUCUUCUCAGCUGAUUAUGUGAUAUUUGUUUGCACUUUGCAGUGGUAUAAACAUUCUGUUAGAAUAUAUCUUGUAUUGGGAAAACCAUGGAUAACAUAAUAGUGGUAAACAUUAGUAGAAAUACUACCAAAAAAACCCCCAAACCCUUUAAUAUUAAAGCCCCCAUCUGAAAAAAAAUAACAUCACAGUAUUUUAAAUUUAAUUUUCUCGUUAAUACUGAGAAUCAAAAAUUACCACAUAUAAGCUUAUAUAUGUGAAAUUAUUAUAUAGCUGUAUACUACUUUGUUCAUACACACAAUCCCAAGUAUUUGUGCUGAGGAAUGUGUUUGUACUGGUUGAUUUGGUGUGCUGGUUAAAUUUUAAAAGAUAAUUUUUUCAUGAAUGCUACUUAAACUUUUGAUGUUAGAGGUUGGUCAAAUCACCUGUGUGACAUAAUAGUUUUUAACCAGAAAUAAGUACUGUUAUUGCCUAUCUUCUGUGUAUCUGAGGUACACAAAAACAUCUCUUCUAAUUCUUCUUGCUUGUCCUGUUUCCCUCUUUCCUUGUCCUUGCUGCUGUUUGAUGUUCUCUAAGAACACAGUCUCCCUGGAAUUAUCUCAGGGAAAGAUAAAUCAAGCCCUUAUUCACUUACAGAGUUAUUUUCUGUUCCAAGGAUAGAUUGCUUUAACUUUUUUUUCCUCUUUCCUUUAGAUUCUAGUAGAGAGGAUCCAGAGCAGAAAACUGUAAAUUAGAAAGCCCAGUAGAGAAACUUAAAACUAGAGGAUUACCAGAACUCUAUUUCACCAUUUACAUCCAGUUUAGGCAGUCAAAAUAAACCUCGCAUAGUGGCCCAUUACAUGAACUGUUGCAGGAGCCCUUUAUGUGCAGGAAAAAUCCACACACAAAGACUCCCUAUCACACAGGAAGACAGUACUCUUUUGUUGAUAUAUCCAAAAUUGUUAGGUUCUUCCAAUGCCCUGCAGCCAAAGCAUUUAUUCACGUGUGAACAAAUGUAUGCAGCUCUUUUGGGCAUUCUUCCUUCCCCUAAACUCAGCAACAAAUAGAUCUAAGGAUUCCACUUCAUAUUAAUUUCCAUUACUUUAAUGAGGAUUUUUAAAUCUCAGUUUUAGCUAGUUACUAAUGUCUUACCAUAAAAUCUUAAAUUAUAAUGCUGUUAUCAUGAAUAGUACUAGGGAAAAAAAAAAAAGCCCAAAUAAAAUCAGCUAACAAUAAAAAUUACAACAUUGGGCUACUUUAAGUUAACAAUAGUGUACUUUACUUUUUAAUAUCACUUUUCCUCUGCCUUUUUUAGUACUAUGGAACAGAUGGUCAAAAUGUACGUAUGACUGUGCUUACAAAAGAAGACUUAGAAAUCAAAGGUACAUCAACACAAAUACAAGCAAUUUCGUACAUUCCCUACAGCAAAUCACCCAUUUGAUCUAAAGAGCUUGAUGUCCCUUUUGUAUUUAAUAUUUACAAAGUCUGUGCAACUUCAGUCUCUAUAUCCUCUAUAAUUCCUGGACAUGAGACUGAGAUCUUAGGUAGCUCUGACCCAUGCCUGUUUUAGGGCCUGAUCCAAAGUCUACUGGAGUCAAUGGCUACAAGCGAGGAUCUAGUUUCAGUGAAACUUAUUAGUUUUCGUUUACAAAGAUAGUUUUGUUUAAACAAACUGGUUAACACUGUCUAUUAGUGAACUAGAAUCUGUAGUAUAUAUUUCUGUGCAAAGAGAAAUAAACAGCAUCAGAAGCCUUUGGAAAGAAGGUGAUGUUAUAACCACGUAUUAAAUACAAAAUUAUUGCAGUGCAAAAUAAAUUAUGGCUGUUAUUAAACUGGAACAGAGUAAUUACAGGUUCACAUCUGUACUCCUCAGUAUUCCUGCAUAUCUCAUGGUGAAAACUGUGCAAAGGCUUGCAACUGCAGCCCUUCCAACCACUAGACUCCCACAGAUGUCAGUGCAAGUUACAUGUGGGAUCAAAUCCUCUUUUCCUGGUACACUGAUAAGCUGCCCCCCAGAUUCUGUCUCAGAUCCCACUUGGUCAGGAUUGCCUAAGGGAUUAGGGAAAUCUGGAUUUAGACCAUAUAAGUUACCUGUUACUCUUUUGUUUUUUGUGUAGAAGUCAUCAAAUGAAAUAAUUUCUCUGACACAAAUGAAAAUAUUUUUAUUACUUUUAAAGUUUAUUAAAAACCUUUUAAAUUCUGUUUCUGAGAAGGCUGAUUCUUCUGCUCAAUACUAGGGUUGAAAGCCCUUUUUCUGUAGGUCACCCAUUUCAAUAUUGAAAUACAUUUCAGUAUUCAAAUGUUACUAAUAAAGUGAUGCUCGUAUUUCAUAUCAAACACUUGGUGGUCUACAUUCCCUGUUCCUACAGGAGACUUCGUUUCACAAAGGUACUUGCUCUCUUC